GUUUGAGCGCGCUCAGUAUUCAGCUCGUCACCGUGGCUCGUCGAAAGAAAGUGUAUUGUAGGUAUCUAUAUAGCGUUAAUAAAGUCAACUCGGCGCGCGCUUACGGCUUCCUUGCUUCCGUUGUUGCUUGUUAAGUUAUCAUCAGUUUGUACGCGAUCGUAGAAAGAGCAUCACACCAGUUCAGUGCACGUCACGGCGCGGCGCGGCGUUUCGAUUCGAUAGAUAGCAGCAGACGUGUGUGUGUCUAGGUAUUGGGGGGCGACAUUCUCUCCACCUAACCCAAUAAUAGAAUUAGAACACACAAACGCCCAACCAGCCGCAGCCGCAGCGCAGUGAGUUUGAGUUGAGCAUAUCGCGAGCGGAGGCCACCACGGUGCGAAUAGUCUGAGCCGGUCGGUCGCGAGAAAAACAACCCAUCGCCCCAGAGUUGUGUGAACCGUUCGAGGUGUGUGCGCCCGUUCAAGUGUGCAGUGUGUCUAGUGCAGUAAAGCGCUAAUCUAAUUACUAUCUCCGCUCCGGUAAUCGUGUGGUCAUUGAGCCGUCGUCAUCAUGAGAGAAAUUGUGCAUCUGCAGGCCGGUCAGUGCGGAAAUCAGAUCGGAUCAAAGUUUUGGGAAAUUAUCUCAGACGAGCAUGGAAUCGAUCCGACCGGGCACUACCACGGUGACAAUGACCUCCAGCUGGACCGCAUCGACGUGUACUACACGGAGGUCAACGGUAACAAGUACGUCCCACGUGCCGUCCUCGUCGAUUUGGAACCGGGCACCAUGGACUCGGUCCGCCAGUCUCCGUACGGUGCCCUGUUCCGGCCAGAUAACUACGUUUACGGUCAAUCCGGAGCCGGAAACAACUGGGCCAAGGGUCACUACACAGAGGGUGCCGAGCUGGUAGACAACGUCCUCGAGGUGAUACGCAAGGAAUCCGAGGGAUGCGAUUGCCUUCAGGGCUUCCAGCUGGCACACUCGCUCGGCGGAGGAACCGGAUCCGGUAUGGGCACACUGCUCAUUUCCAAAAUCCGGGAAGAGUACCCCGACAGAAUUAUGAACACCUUCUCCGUUGUUCCAUCGCCAAAGGUGUCGGAUGUAGUUCUCGAACCGUACAACGCCACCCUCUCGGUUCACCAGCUGGUGGAGAACAGCGACGCCACGAACUGCAUCGACAACGAAGCACUCUACGAUAUCUGCCUCCGAACGCUGCGCCUGGGCAAUCCAGCCUACGCUGAUCUAAACCAUCUGAUCUCCGUCACAAUGUCCGGCGUGACGACGUGCCUGCGGUUCCCCGGACAGCUGAACGCCGACCUGCGCAAGCUGGCCGUCAACAUGGUUCCAUUCCCGCGGUUGCACUUCUUCAUGCCCGGAUUCGCGCCGCUCACGGCCAAGGGCUCGCAGCAAUACCGGGCGCUGACCGUACCCGAACUGACCGCCCAGAUGUUCGACUCCAAGAACAUGAUGACGGCGUGCGAUCCCCGGCACGGCCGGUACCUGACCUGUGCCGCCAUCUUCCGAGGUGUCAUGUCCAUGAAGGAAGUGGACCAACAGAUGUUGAACAUCCAGAGCAAGAACAGCAGCUACUUCGUGGAGUGGAUUCCGAACAACGUGAAGGUCGCCGUGUGCGAUAUCGCUCCACGUGGCCUCAAGAUGUCGGCCACCUUCAUCGGUAACACCACGGCCAUCCAGGAGAUCUUCAAGCGCAUUUCCGAACAGUUCACGGCCAUGUUCCGGCGCAAGGCGUUCCUCCACUGGUACACCGGCGAGGGUAUGGACGAGAUGGAGUUCACCGAGGCGGAGUCGAACAUGAACGAUUUGAUUUCCGAGUACCAGCAGUAUCAGGACGCGUCGGUCGAAGACUACGAGGACGGCGAGGAGAUCAUCGAAGAGGAGGGUGAACAACAGGUUGAAUAGACGGGGAUGAAGUGAAUGAUGCAAGGUGGAUUACCACUGCAGAUUGUUGCCUUUUCGGAAAAUGUGUUCCAUAUUUACGAUCAGUUUUAAGUAAGACAUCCUAUACGGUACAGUGAAGAAAUAAAAAGAAUAGAAAAUAGAUGAUCUUUUUUGUGAAAUAAAUAUUGACCAUUUUAAAUAAAA